CGCGACUGCCUCUGGUGAUCCCGACACUUCUCGCGAUGCGUGAAUGAGAAUUCGUAUCUUGCACAAAUUCAGUCAUACCGACAAUAAUGGCCGCUAUGCGCAGACUAGCAGUCAUAUUUAGGAGUUUGUCUCCGUCUUCGGCCCUUUUUCGGUCUCCGGUAAGGGAUAACCGAUGCGUACGCAGAGGAACAGCUGUCGCUGUAGGCGUUGCCGCCGGAGGAGCGGUUGCAUAUUAUUUCUAUUCAGAAAUGCAUACAUUUAAAUGGAGGAAAGCCCUUGUAAACGGGACUGCCUGUCGGGCUCUGCUGCCUUCACUGCCUGCUGUAUCCGCAAGGGAGAAGGUUCAGCCGUUUGAUUUUGAUGAAAGCGAUGUCUACAUGUCGUCUCAUGAGCAUCGAUUUCGUCUAUUCAGCUCAGUGGAGUAUGAGGGGCAGCUGUACAUGACUCCUCAAAACUUCAUUGAGUCGGUCACCAUGAGCGAGCCCCGAAACAAGAAACCUUGGAGGUCACUCACUAAACAGGAGCUGGAAAAGAUCUUGUCCGACACUCCACCCGUGUGGAAAGGAACGUCCAAGCUGUUCCGAAACCUUCGUGAGCGAGGCAUCAUCGCUUACACAGAAUAUCUCUUUCUGCUAUGCAUUCUGACAAAGCCGCAUGCAGGCUUUAAGAUCGCCUUUAACAUGUUUGAUGCAGACGGCAACCAGAUGGUUGAUAAACGCGAGUUUCUUGUGCUGCAGGAAAUCUUCAGAAAGAAAAAUGAGAAGAAAGGAAGAAAAGGAGAUGCAGAAAAAUCUGCUCAACUGAGUAUGCAGCUCUAUGGAUAUCAGGUUGCCCCCGUAAACAGCGUGCUAAAAAAAGAGACUCAGGAGUUUGUGCCCAGGAGCUACUGGGACAUGCUGAGACGUGGCGCGAGCCAAGCCCUCUUUUCUGACCUAGCAGAGGAUUAUAAUCUAGAGCGUGGCGAUGAGAGCAUGGUUGACACCACUCUUCUCGUGCACUUCUUUGGCAAGAAGGGAAAGGCGGAGCUAACAUUUGCUGACUUCUACAGAUUCAUGGAUAAUCUUCAGACCGAGAUGUUGGAGAUCGAGUUCCUGACCUAUUCCAAAGGCAUGACCACCAUCAGUGAGGAAGACUUUGCCCGAAUCUUGCUGCGAUACACCAACGUAGAGGACAUCCGCAGCUAUCUGGAGAACGUGCGUCACUGCAUACCCGAUGAAAAGGGCAUCACCUUUGAGGAGUUCAGAUCCUUCUUUCAAUUCCUCAAUAACCUGGAAGAUUUUGCUAUCGCCAUGCAGAUGUACAACUUUGCUUGUCGUUCCAUUGGACAAGAUGAGUUUGCUCGGGCUGUGUAUGUGGCCACAGGUCUGAAACUGACUCGUCAUCUGGUCAACACCAUCUUUAAGAUUUUUGACGUGGAUCAUGAUGAUCAGCUAAGUUAUAAAGAAUUUAUUGGCAUCAUGAAGGACCGUCUGCACCGUGGAGGCAGGGGCUACAAGGCUAUAGAGCAUUUCACUUCCUUUAGGUCAUGUCUGAAAAAAGAACUGGCUGGCAGCAGGUGAAUAAAAGACGUCUCUUUCCUUUAUCAGAAAGAAACAUAUCAGGAAAGGUUUUAGAGCGAAGGCAUAGUGCAUCCAUCAUGAGAGCUACCUCUUCUUCUGAUCUUGAAUCCUGAGGAGAUUGUGUUCCGAUCAGCAUUCUGCACUGCAUGCACCAGCAUAUCUUGCAUGAUUGAAAUUUUGUUCUUCUGUAAUGUUAUAUAUUCUUGUCUGCAUGCAACCUAAGGAUAAUAUCUCUGCCUUGUAACUGAAUUGCAAUUGCUAUGAGAUUUGCACAUGAAGUUGCACAUAGUUGCACAUAGUUGCCAUGCAGGCAGUUUAGAUAUUCAUUAUUUUUUUUAUGGAUAUUUGUUAUGCAGGAUGAGUUCAUAGCCUUUAUAUAUUUUUCCAUUUUUAAUUAUGCAUUUUAUUUAUGCAUAUUAUCUUAUUUUAUGAUUAAUUACAAGCAAAAGGUAUGAAUGUUAUUUUAUGUUAUCUAUCAAUAUUUUUUAUUAAACCAUACACUGUGUAAAAAUAAGAUAUUGCAUGUGUGAUGAAAUGUGAUGAGGAUUGCCUUAAUUUAAUAUAGAUUAAUCUUGAUUAAUCUUGACAUUAUUUCUCUCACACAUUAUUUAUUAUUUUUUAAGGUUCAAGUAUAAAUUGUCUUGACUACACAAAUGUUGUACAAUAUAUCGUUGUCUGUCUUAAAAAAAUCAUCCAAAGCAAAUAACAGCUUAGCAAGUUUGUAACUAACACUUGACAAAUAAAGAUCUGAAAUUCUCAAA